CGGUUCAAUGGAAUACCACAUGACGAGAAUAUGGGUAAAAAUUGCGGUACCGCCGACUCCAACUGGAAGCCAUGUAUAGAAAGAAAAAUCGCUGAUCAAGUGUUUGGCUCGUGUUGUGAACGAUUUGUUCCACCUGAGUGCCGUGGCCUAUGCAUCUACGAGACGAAUGCGAUUGAAGCCAGAGUCGUGCUGAUGCACACUAUCCAACCUUCACGUUGUCGACUCUACAAGUACUUGCCUUCCAUCGUUCACUGUGCCGCUCAGACUCACGAUAACGCGGAAUGCUGUCGUGCAAACGGUGUCGCUCAAAUCGGCGAGCAAUGCCUUCAAAUGUGCCAACCACAGGACAAUCCCCGACGUUUCUGGGGAGCAAAGUCGCUACGAAAGGAUCUGGUGGUAUGUCUUGCAAAGUGGGACCAAAUUAUGCAAUGCCAUCAAUCGGGUCUUCGUGCAAGGAAAGUGCCCAGGCCAACUGCUUAA